AUUCGGUGGGUAUGUUACGCCCAGGCGAUAGAACAGCGCCGACAACUGCGGUGUUCGAACUGCCGCCCUAUACACUAGUUAGCAAUCGCCUCCAGGUGUGCAGCCACGGCACCAAAUGGCAGAUGACGCUACCAUUCAGCCACCGUGACUGCACAUUGGCGAUUGCCAAAAGUAAGAUAUAUAUGGUCGUCCGGAAAAGGAUUUCGGGGGUUUCCAUGGCGUCAAUGUGGCGUGUGGGCUUUCUCGAGGUGGUGAUUUACGCAUGUUUGCCGAAUAUUGCAAGGCCCUUCAUGUGGCAGACUCUCACUUCGCCCGUCACAAACGGCCUACGAGCUGCGGGGCGCCCGGCAUUAAUGCAGCGCGCCUUGCAUAGCUGCUUCGCCAUACACUUGGCCAAAGUAGGCGGCGUUGCUCUUUCCAAGGCGUUCGGGGGGGGGUUUGCCUUCGAGGCGUCUAAGAAACCCUCGCCCAUUCGGGCACGCCCGCAAGUUCAUACAAUAGCACCUAUGCAAGCUGCCGUGUGGCUUCUUCUGCUUGCUAUACUCUUCACUUUGUGCCUGGGUCGACGUUGGCGCGUCGAGGUCGAGGUCCCCAGCCCCACUACCCUCACCCACAACGCCAUCCCCUUCACACCAGUCUUCCACAAUCUACACCGCGCAACGCCCGCAGGUCAGCCUCUCGCUGCCAAGGCGGCUGCGAGGGUGGUGAGCUUCGCGAACAGCUGCUCACACUGCGUUUGGUUCGAUGGCGGCUGCUUGGAGCGGUUCCAUGGACGUCGCCGCGUCGAUCAUUUGCCUCUACGACGACCUGCCCCCUCACCACCACCAUCCGCCUAGUGACCCCUCGAGAGAGGGCAUGGAGGCUACGCAAAGCUACGCGUGGUGUCGACAAGCAACGGCAACGUUCGAUUCGACCUCGACCUCGACCGACUUGUCGUAGGCCGCGAGUCCCGGCGGUGGGGUGCACGCCAUACUCUUG